GCCCAAACACCCCCCGACCUCAUCCCCCAGGUUUUCUCUCGCCUCAGAAAAUUCAAGAUGACUCACGAGUCUGUUUGGUACAGCCGUCCCCGCCAGUUCGGCAAGGGCUCCCGUGGAUGCCGUGUCUGCUCCCACCGCGCCGGUCUCAUCCGCAAGUACGGGAUGAACAUCUGCCGUCAGUGCUUCCGUGAGAAGGCUUCGGACAUCGGUUUCUACAAGUUCCGUUAAAUUCCUUCCUUCUUCCGAAUUCAAUUUUCCUUUGUUCACGACGGAUCUCUUUCACGUGCUCGGGCGCUCGGUACCAAAAUGAAGUGAUGAAAUGGAGAGGAGGAAUGUCUUUUCUUGUUCUCUCUCUUUCGAACAACUCCAGAGAAUCGCCGCGAAUCCUUGAACUUCUCAACAACCCCCCAAUCCGCUCGGACAAUGGCUUAGGGUUUGCUCUUGAAAACAAAGCAGAUCUCGGACUGGGGGACUCAUCUGGUACUCGGGGAGGAUUUUGAAUUUUUUAGAGAGCGGAGAAAUGAGAGAAAAACAAGAAAUGAAAUCUUAAAAAUUGAGGGAUGCUUCAUAUG